AUGGCCAGCGCGACAUCCCGUCCCCUUGAGUACCUGGAGGGUCUCUCCGGGACGACAUUCUAUAAGUUGUACAAGCAGCCAUCCACAGCUCUCGCGAUAUUUCGGCGCAUGCUGCCAGAUCUGGCAAAAUGCUUUGUGAUGGCACUCCUAUAUUUGAAAGACCCUCUUCCGACUGCCGAUUUGGAAAUCUGGGUCAACACAGAGAGCAAGAAACAGCGGGAUAAUGCGCUGUCAAUCUUAGGUCGACUGCAUAUUCUUUCUACGACGCGCACUGGCGAUAAUGUCCGAGCUUACAUGCUCACCGAUCCAUUCGCUUCUUCGCUCCGACAAGCUCUCAUGGGCGCGGAGGAUUCGCAAUCUUUUGGUGUUUUCUCUCAGGGCCCUGGGGAAACACAGACCUCGAUCGCCGAUCUAGACGAGUACGCCCGGCGACAAUGGGAAGGUGUUAUGGGAUACAUGGUUGGAACGAGUGCAUUUGGCGGACAGCGAGACAUGGUCAAUCUGAGCAAGGGCGUCAAGCAGCUUCUCCAAGCUGGACAUCUGGUCGAGAUACGAGGAAGCCGCGUCGACAUCACCAAGGAUGGUUUCGGAUUUGUCCUACAGGAUGUCAACACGCAAGUCUGGCACAUCCUGAUUCUGUACGUCCAAAGCGCCGAGGCCAUCGGCAUGGACAGUGUCGAGGUUCUCUCGUUCCUAUUCCUGCUUAGCAGCUUGGAACUUGGUGCCUCUUAUGAGAAGAAGCACUUGACCCCAAAUCAGCUCCGCACCCUGACCGACCUGGCCGAUUUUGGUAUUGUCUACCAGGAAGACCCCGACGCACCGUGUUUCUAUCCCACACGCCUCGCAACCACCCUCACAUCUGACUCCAGUGCACUGAGCAAUCCUGUUACUGGAUCACUCACCGGACCGGCUGGUCAGUCAGGUGGCUCGGGCUCAGGAUUUAUCAUCAUCGAGACUAACUACCGACUCUAUGCCUACACCUCCUCGCCCCUCCAAAUCUCUCUCAUCUCCCUCUUCACAAAUCUCAAAUACCGCUUCCCAAAUCUGGUUACAGGAAAAAUUACCAGACAGUCCGUCCGCCGAGCCAUUGAGAUGGGAAUCACCGCCGAUCAAAUCAUAUCCUAUCUAUUAACGCACGCCCACCCACAGCUACGCAAGCAUAAUUCUAAUUCCAAGGGGCUCCAGGCAUCUGUUCUCCCGCCCACGGUCACAGAUCAAAUCCGACUCUGGCAACUAGAGCGAGAUCGUCUCCGGGCCACAGCUGGCUUCCUUUUCAAAGACUUCACCAGUCUGGCGGAGUAUUCGGCGCCUUGUCAGUAUGCCGCGGAAAUUGGCGUGUUAGUUUGGAAGUCUGAAAAGAAACGAAUGUUCUUUGUCACUCGGCAUGAACAGGUUGCAGCAUUCUUGCGAAGCCAAAAGGGAGGCGGCAAGUGA